AUGGCUUCCGCUUGUAGCGUAUUGUGUUCGCCCAUUUUGGCAACUCUUCUGUUCAUUGUCCUUCUUUUGUUACUUUGGUUCGUUUGGGAUGUGAUCGAUAAGCAAAGCCCCCAAUAUCGGGCCGUGCGACAAUUUCCCGGCCCUCCGGUGUUGCCCUUGGUUGGCACGGCCUAUCACACACGUGGUUUAGAUCCGGCUAAAACCUUCGAUGCCUUCCGCCGUUAUACUCAGCUAUACGGAGGAUCGUACCGGUUUUGGCUUAACACCCAUAUAUUUGUGUUGAACAUCACGCGGUGCCGGGAGGCGGAACCGUUUCUCAGUGGAGUGCAAAACACGGAAAAAAGUCAGCUAUAUCGCUUUCUGCAUCCGUUCAUUGGUGUUGGUUUGUUGAACAGUAGCGAUGAAAAGUGGCUGCAGCGAAGGCGCAUCCUCACGCCGGCUUUCCACUUUAACAUCCUUAACGGUUUUCAUCGAACGUUCUGUGAAGAGAGUGAGCAAUUGGCGGCACAAAUCGACAAGGCACAGCAAACGGAUAGAGCGGGAAGCUGCAUCGAGCUGCAGUCUAUGAUGUCCCAGUAUACGCUGAAUACUAUUUGUGAAACUUCGAUGGGUGUUAAGCUCGACUCGAUGCAUGGCGCGAAGGCGUACCGUGACGGUAUCUACAAGGUCGGUGAGAUGAUGCUGAUUCGCGCGGUCCGUCCCUGGCUAUAUCUGGACUGGACGUAUAAAUGGUUAGGCUACUCCAGCAAACUUCAGACGCUCCUCAAACCUCUGCAUCGCUUCACAAUCGGCAUCAUCAAUCAACGACGGGAACUGUUUCAACAGGGCAAGCUAGAUGAUUUGACCCACGAUCGGGGCUACGAUCAAGGCAACACCGACAGCACCUCGUUCAACGGGAAAAAACGUUACGCCAUGCUGGACACUCUGAUGGCGGCGGAAAUUGAAGGACUCAUCGAUCGGGAAGGUAUCCGCGAGGAGGUCGACACGUUCACCUUCGAAGGCCACGAUACGACCGGUGCGGCCCUGGUGUUCGUCUUCUUGACCCUUUCCUGGGAGCAUGAUGUGCAGGAACGCCUCUACCAGGAACUACGCCAGCUCAAAGACGAAAAGUCACUCGACGAUUCCGCUCACUUCUCUCCGGGCGACUUAAACUCGCUGAAAUACUUCGACCGAGUCAUUAAAGAAUGUUUCCGCCUAUGGCCACCCGUUCCUUUCAUCUCGCGUCGUGUUACCGAGGAGGUGGCGCUUCCCGACGGUCGAACCAUUCCGCGAGAUUGUAUCGCGGCCCUGCACAUCUUCGAUAUGCACCGCGAUCCGGAACAAUUUCCUGACCCGGAUCGCUUCGAUCCCGACCGCUUUCUGGCGGAAAAUGUGGCCAAACGCAAUCCGUACGCGUACGUACCGUUCAGCGCGGGGCAGCGUAAUUGCAUCGGGCAAAAGUACGCCCUGCUGGAGGUGAAAACAGCUGUUGCUUAUCUGGUCCUCCGUUAUCGGGUGCUGCCGGCAACGAAACGCUCCGAGAUUCAGCUCAUCGUCGAUUUGGUACUGCGUGCGUCUACGCCGUUAAAGGUUCGUUUUGAGCGACGAAGCGAUUGA